ACAAAACCAUUAUUUUAUUUCCCUGCAAGUUUUCUCUCGAUGUUGAGUGGAAUAUCAAAGUACCUCUUUGGUGCAUAUGCAGCCCUUCUUUUUCUACAGAUCAUAGCCAUCCACCAUAGCUGCAGUGCUAGAAAGAACAGCAAUUACUGCUCUCGAUGUUGAGUGGAAUAUCAAAGUACCUCUUUGGUGCAUAUGCAGCCCUUCUUUUUCUACAGAUCAUAGCCAUCCACCAUAGCUGCAGUGCUAGAAAGAACAGCAAUUACUGCUCUCCUUCUUCCUGUGGCAACAUCCAUAAUAUUAGCUACCCUUUUCGACUAAGUACCGAUCCCAAUAGUUGCGGCAACAAAAAAUAUGAACUUACUUGUGAAAACAAUCGCCCAACUUUAUACUUGAAUAAGGGGGUAAGAUAUUACGUUCAGGCAAUCCAUUACAGCAACUUCACGAUUCGACUGGUGGAUGCUGAUUUUCAGAAGGCUGAUUGCUUCUCUAUCCCUCGUCAUUCUUUAAUCAUAGAUCCCUUAGACAACAGGGAUUAUCUUCCAUAUAACCUUGGCUGGUUCGAUAGCAAUAGGAAUUCCCUCUAUCCAUCAACUUUUAUUUUUAUAAGUUGCCCAAAUCCAAUACCAAGUCCUUCACACUAUAUUGUGGAUGCUUCUUCAUGCAAAAAUGGCAGUACUCGUUUUAAUUCUACAUCUAAUAUUUCUUUUCCGGGUUCCCACGAUAUGGAGGGUUAUUCCUUUGUCUUUAUGGAUUCUCCCUUGGGGGGCAUACCGGACUUAUGCCAUGUAAAUUUGAUGUAUGCCGCGCCUUUCACUUUUCAGCCGAAAAAUUGGACCAAUAUUUCCUAUAUAGAUGUCCGCGAUAGUAUUCUAUAUGGGUUUGAUCUUUCAUGGUCUGGGGCCUGCUGUGAUUUUCUGAAAGAGAACCACUGCAAACUUGAUGAAGCCGACAUACGCAUGUAUUGUUAUUUUUUGACUAAUCGUAUACUCAAUCAUUUUGUCGUCAUUGUAUGGCCGCUAAAGAAGUAUUUACAAGCUCACGAUUGGAUAACAUAUCGAAGCUCAAGGCAACCGGGAUUGAAAUUCAACUUUUAUAGUAAUGGAAAGUAUCAUUUUAUCACGAAGACCAUCUCUUCGGAUUUUCUAAGCAUUCUUAUGAUUUUGCUCAUUACACUACCUGUGCUGCUUAUGCUUAGCGGGAUAUAUCGUAUAUUAUUAUUUUUUUGUGGGCUUCCAUGUCUCAUAAUCUUAUUGAUCUACAAAUGGAGAAGAAGGCAUUUAUCAAUGUAUGGUAACAUUGAAGAAUUCUUGCAAAGUCAUGAUCAUAAUCUCACGCUUAUAAGGUACUCUUACUCAGAGAUUAAAAAGAUAACUCAAGGAUUCAAUGACAAGUUAGGUGAAGGAGGUUAUGGUUCGGUAUACAAAGGAAAACUUCGUAGUGGCCGUUUUGUGGCUGUAAAAAUUUUGCGCAAAGAAAAGGCUAAUGGCCAAGAAUUUAUCAAUGAAGUUGUUACCAUUGGAAGAAUUCACCAUUGCAAUGUGGUGCAACUCAUAGGCUUUACUUUUGAGGGCUCGACGUGUGCCCUUGUAUAUGAGUUCAUGCCUAACGGAUCUCUUGAAAAGUAUAUAUUUUCUAGGCAGGGAAGCAUACCACUAAGCAACCAUAUAUUAUAUGAAAUUUCUGUUAGGGUGGCUCGUGGCAUUGAAUAUCUACAUCAAGGUUGUGACAUGCAGAUUUUGCAUUUUGACAUCAAGCCUCACAACAUUCUUCUUGAUGAAAAUUUUUCUCCAAAAGUCUCAGAUUUUGGACUUGCAAAAUUGUAUCCAACUAAUAAUAGCAUUGUGUCCCUCACCAUGGCUAGAGGAACGAUGGGAUACAUGGCUCCUGAGUUAUUUUACAAAAGUAUCGGAGGCGUCUCUUACAAAGCCGAUGUAUAUAGUUUUGGGAUGUUGUUGAUGGAAAUUGUUGGGAGAAGGAAAAAUUUGAAUGCAUUGGCAGAUCAUUCAAGCCAGAUGUACUUCCCUUCAUGGAUUUAUGACCAGGUUAAUGAAGGAAGGGAUAUACUUGAAGAUCAAGCGACAGAGCAUGAAAAGAACAUAAUAAAAAAGAUGACUAUAGUGGCAUUAUGGUGCAUACAAUUGAAACCUACUAAUCGCCCCUCGAUGCACAGAGUUGUACAAAUGCUUGAAGCAGAUAUUGAAUCUUUACAAAUACCUCCUAAGCCUUUUCUUGCUCCGCAACAGACAUCAAAUGAUGAUAGGAUCAAUAUAGUCAAUCCAACAAGUUUAAGAGAUUCAUCAAAUGUUUGUAGCAUCGAUUCUUCAUAUCAAUUUGGUCGUUGAUAGAAAUAAUCUUAUAUGUUUGUUUAUUUAAGAAAUAUGUUAAUUUUGUAUGCCUUAACUAUCUAAACUUUGAUCAUAGUCGAAAUCAUAUUGGUGUU